UCAUUAGUGAUUGGUUGAGAGAUGGCGGGACGUAGUGCGCGUGCGCCAUCCCACCGUGGCGGUGGCUGUCGGGAGACUUGCACAGCGGGCAUUCGAAGUCACAAGCUCAUCCGCUCUUCAAAUAACAUGGGAGCGCAGAGUAUGGAAUACUACUAUCACUAUUUCAUAGUGGCUACCGUCUCUGGGUUGUCUCUGGUACUCUAUUGGAACACCCUGGGUGCGGACUUCGCCUACGAUGACAGCCGUGCCAUCAAGACGAACCAAGAUCUCUUGCCAAGCACUCCAGUCAGCCAGCUGUUCUACAACGAUUUCUGGGGUACACCACUUACCCAUAGUGGAUCUCACAAGUCAUACCGACCGCUGUGUGUUCUCUCCUUCAGGCUAAAUUAUGCCUUGGGAGGUAUGGAUCCAUGGAGCUACCACUUUUUCAACGUGCUGCUGCACACCAUGGUGUGUGGCCUCUUCACGCAUUUUGCCUCCAUCAUAUUCUGCAGAAGUAUAUUGCCCACACUGACGGCAGGACUGCUUUUUGCCGUGCAUCCCAUCCACACGGAAGCUGUGGCCGGAGUAGUGGGACGUGCUGAUGUCGGAGCUGCCUUUUUCUUUCUGUUAGCUCUACUGUCUUACAUGAGAUAUUGUAAAUAUAGAGACAAAAAACAGUAUUUGUAUUUGUGUCUUUUGUUAUCAGCUGCGUCUAUGCUCACAAAAGAGCAUGGCGUUACUGUUUUGAUCCUAUGCGCUGUAUAUGAUAUGCUCAUUAUACACAGGCUGCACCCAAAAGAUAUUCUGCUCGUUUUGAGUCAGAAAAAAUACAGCUUCCUGCGAGAAGGACUGAUGUAUCUUGGAGGUACAGCAACCACAUUGCUUGUUCUGCGCGUUCACCUAAUGGGUAGUAAAGCGCCAGAUUUUGCUCCAGCGGACAAUCCAGCUUCAGACAAUAAUUCCCUGCUCACCAGAGUCCUCACAUUCCUCUACCUUCCCGCAUUCAACUUCUGGUUAUUAAUGUGUCCGAGAUGGCUCAGUUUUGAUUGGUCCAUGGAGUCUAUACCCUUGCUGACUCACCCCGCAGACCCAAGGAACAUCUUCAGUGCCUGUUUCUAUCUGACUGUCCUCCACUUUGUCGUGCACAUCUCACGCACCUUGUCUUCACCAAAGUCCUGUGCCUUGUGCGGCAGUCACAGCUCUUGCAAUUGCUCCUCGUACUACACGUGGACGAACAAGCUCCAGCUAGGCAAGCAAUACGGCAGGAGCAAGAACUAUAGUUGUGUGAUCAACAACAAUAACAAUAAUUCUUGCACGAAUGGGCAUCACAGGUCGUCUUACAGUAAUGGAGUGGCCAAUGGAUGUCCAUCAAACUUUAACUCAGCAGCCUAUAAGACGGACUGCAAUUAUAUUAGUGCUGUGCACAACCACUGGAAUGCUGUGAUAUUGGCCGUGAGUCUUCUGGCCUUUCCUUUCGUGCCGGCCACGAACUUGUUCUUCUAUGUUGGCUUUGUUGUGGCCGAAAGAGUACUGUAUAUACCGAGUAUGGGUUUUUGCCUUCUCGUCGCAGUUGGACUUGACAGACUGUACAGGAGGCAAGAUAGACUUUUAAAGAAAAGAAUAGUUUUAGGCAUUAUUUUAGUCCUAUUACUUGUUAUGUCUGUGAGAACAGUGCGUCGAAAUAGAGACUGGUGGAGUGAAGAAAAUUUAUAUAGAUCAGGAAUUCCUAUUAAUCCCCCUAAAGCGUAUGGGAAUUUAGCGAACAUUCUGAGCGCUCAGGGAAAGAAAUCUGAAGCCGAAUGGGCUUACAAGAAAGCUCUAUCCUAUCGAUCUAAUAUGGCUGAUGUUCAUUACAACUUAGGAAUACUUCAGCAAGAACAAGGGAGAUAUGAAGAGGCCUUAAUCAGCUAUAAAUUAGCAAUACAAUUCCGUCCCAGACUUGCAAUGGCUCAUUUGAAUUUGGGUUUGGUUCUGGGAAUUUUAGGAAGAAAAGAAGAAGCUGCUGAAGUAUACCGACAUUGUGCUGAAUUAGAUAGCAGUGGGUUGAAAGAUCCGAAAAUGCACGAGACAACAAAAAUAUCAGCUCUCUUCAACUUAGGUAGACUGUACGCUGACGAUGGUUCAUAUAAGCAAGCAAUUCAAGUUUAUCAGGAAGCUGUUCACAAAAUGCCGCAUCAUUAUCAACCCCAGUCUUUGUAUAAUAUGAUGGGCGAGGCGUUUUUCAAACUUAAGCAAUUUGAAGAAGCCGAACGAUGGUAUCAACAGGCUUUGCGUGCGAAAGCAGAUCAUAUACCGGCCCAUCUUACUUAUGCAAAGCUUUUAUCGAAAUGGGGACGUCAGAGAGAAGCUGAGCAAUGGUUUUUGAAAGCAAAGGUUAUUGCUCCCAAUGAUUCAAGCGUCUACCAACACUAUGGUCAAUUUCUAUCCGAAAGUGAGCGCCAUCUAGAGGCAGCAGAGGUGUACUUGAGAGCUGCAGAGUUGGCUCCUGAUGAAUACGAAAUAAUUUUCAAUGCUGCUAAUACCCUCAGACAAGCUGGUCGAAAUGAAGAUGCUGAACAUUAUUAUCAAAUCGCUGUAAAACUAAGACCUCAAGAGGUGACCAGUCACAUUAAUUUAGGAGCUAUGCUACAUGUUAAUGGAAAACUUUCAGAAGCUGAAAAUGCCUAUUUAGAAGCCCUUAAACUAAAACCAGAUGAUCCUAUUACUCAAAACAACUUGCAAAAACUUAGGACACUAUUAAAUCAAAAAAGGACACACAGACGAAGGUAGCAAAAUGUAUUUUUCCAAAUAGCAAUGAAGAACUGGAAUUCUAUUUUAUUUUGUCCACAAUUUUUAUAAAAUAAGUCUUUGUUAUUUAAAGACGUGGCUUCUUUUUAUAAAUUAAGUUUACACCUUAAUAUUAUUAGCCAUGGAAUGAAGCGUUCCACUGGUGCGAUUCGAAUUAUAUUCACCAACGCUGAUGUGACCUAACGUCAUUUUUCUCACAAGAGAAAUGUUUGGCGCCAAAAUUCGCCAAGAGAGCUCCAUAAACAGAUGUAUGUACUGACAAGCUAACUACCAUCCAAUACUUUUUAACAUGCAAGAUGAAUGUUAAAAAAACAUAUUUCCUGAAGCUUCAUUUUGCUCAGACUUUUUUGCACUCGGUAAAAUAUUCGUGGCUAGUGCAAUAUAUAAAUCCUUUUGUUGCACCUGGCAGAAUUCGAAGCUUCGGCGAAACCUUUGGCUUUCAAAAAGAAGAAUGCAUAUUAUGGAACUGCUCUGUACCGAAGAUACAGUUUAUAUAAGUUGUAAUCAUUGUACAUAAUUGUAUUUAUAGUGAAAAAGAAAGAUCUGAUUUAGUGAGAACAUUUAUUAAGAUUUUUGACUUAUAUUUUGUUUGUGUCACUACAUGUGAUCUUAUAAUUAUUGCACUUUGAAAGCAUUUUCAGGUGAAAACAAAUGCAAUAUGAAAAUGCUGUUUGAUAUUUUUGUCACUAGUGAUAUUAAUGCUUAUACGUAUAAUUUGUUUAUGUUUCCUUAUACAUUUCGUGGACCAAUGCAAUUUGAACUUUCAUGUAGAAUAUAGUUUAAAGUUGUCUAUAAAAUUCUUCUUAAUCAUGCA